UGAUCAACAGUUGUUCAAUGGGACUCUGCCUGCCUCUGAUACUGCAUUAUUCAAUCCUGAAACAAGCACGUCAUACACUCACACUGAGUAUCACAGAAAGAAGGACCGGCGCCGGAGCAGCCAUGAGAUCCACCGGAGCGUUAGUUAGCACCACCAUGUUCUUCUUGCUGGUGUUCUUGGCGGCAGCCGGAAUGGCCGGAGCGGAUGAGGAGGGGAUCUUGCAUAUCCCUUCCAAGGCCGAGCUGGCUCACUGCCCCUCUAGCUGCGGGUCAGAACGGGACCUUUCCUACGGCCCUAUCCCCAUCAGCUACCCAUUCGGCAUAGGCCCAGGCUGCUUCCGGCCAGGCUUCGAGCUCACCUGCGACAACACCACCGGGAAGCUCUUCCUGGGAAACAGUACUACUAUUCGGAUCUUUGGUGUUUCCCCCCAGGAAAAUUCAGUUCGAGCAGCCGCUGUCCGCUUCGAUGUCACAAUGAAACCAGGCGUGGACGACUACAACGUCUCGUGGGAGGCCCCUGCCAUGGGCGUCAUCCGGGGAGGGAACUCUCUCUUCGUUGUUGGCUGCGAUGUGGAGUUCUACUUGUUCGGCGGCCAUGACACGGCUGUUCCCAUCGGUUCUUGCAUGACUAUGUGCGUAGCUGACAGGGAAACCAUGGAGAAGGCAAAUGUGGAUGGCGACUGCGCAGGCAUGGGCUGCUGCGCCAUUGCGUUGGCGCGGGACAUGCCGGCAUUCAGGUUCAUUCUUAGCCGGCGCCACCAUGCCGGCAGUAACACGGCAGUGCCCUCUGAUGUCAAGGUUUUCUUGGCACAAAGUUUCUAUUUUCAUGACAUCUACUCCAACCGGACAGACGAUGCAAACAAUACCGAAUGGCCAUCUUACCAGAUUGCCAUCACAGACCAGCCGAGCUGUGAGAGUGCGCAGAAGAACAAGGCAACCUAUGCUUGUAACCACAAAAGCGAAUGCCAUGAUCUGUUGUCUGGAGGAGGCUACUCGUGUUCCUGCCCCCCUUACUCGGGAUUGAUGGGACUCGGCAAUCCUUACAUCAAGGAUGGCUGCACUGAAGAUUACAACCCAAAACCAAGAGGAAGUUGUGAGAAAACAUGUGGGAACACCAGCAUUCCCUUUCCUUUUGGGAUUGAAGAAGGUUGUUAUGCUCUUCAAGAGUUUCGAGUGAACUGUACAUCAGAAAACCUUGCUGUUCUUGAUCGAGGGAUACAAUAUGUCGUGGACAGCAUUUCAGUAAAUGAAGGGUAUGUGAAUGUCAGAACCGCGGAACAAAAGGAGACAACUCACACCAAUAUGGAGGUAUCAACAAUUUUCCCAAAUGAACCUCUCGAUGAUCUUUUCUCUCUUUCUGAAGAAUACCAAGUGAAGAUGUGGACCAUGUGGUGGGCUAUUGCCAACUUAACCUGUCCAAUGGCAACGAGUCAAGAAAAAAGGGCUACAUACGCAUGCCGCAGUCUCAACAGCACUUGUGUUGAUGUUACCCACCAGGAAAGAGGACUGCGAAACUCAAGCGGUGGUAUUGAUCCGCAGUUUGGCUAUCGGUGCAAGUGCUCUCGAGGCUUUGAAGGAAACCCAUACAUACAAGAUGGCUGCAUAGAUAUCAACGAGUGUCUACUACCAAAUGUAUGCAACGGUUCAUGCCAGAAUUUUCCUGGAACCUAUAGUUGCAAAAAUUGCACUCAUGGAGAAAUGUUUGACCAAAUAAAUGGAAAAUGUGUAACAUCAGCCAGGAGAUACCACCAUGUUCUUCUAGGUAUCACAAUUGGAACUGGUUCUGGCCUUGGUUCACUAAUUCUUGCACUGGGUGCAACUGCACUCAUCAAGAAGUGGAAGAGAGGCAUACAGAAGAGAAUUAAAAGGGCAUACUUCAAGAAAAAUCAAGGACUACUUUUGGAACAAUUAAUCUUAGAUGAAAGCGCUACAGCAGAUAAAACAAAAAUAUUUUCCUUGGAGGAAUUAGAUAAGGCAACCAACAACUUUGAUGCCACUCGUGUUCUUGGUCGUGGAGGACAUGGUACAGUUUACAAAGGAAUUCUAUCAGACCAACGUGUGGUGGCCAUUAAAAAGUCGAAAAUAGUGGAGCAAACAGAGAUAGAUCAGUUUAUCAAUGAGGUUGCAAUCUUGUCACAAAUUAUACAUCGCAAUGUGGUGAAGCUUUUUGGUUGUUGUCUGGAAACAGAGGUGCCAUUGUUGGUCUAUGAAUUUAUUUCCAAUGGUACACUAUAUGACCUUCUUUACACUGAUGCAAGUAUUAAAUGCUUGCUGUCCUGGGAUCAUCGCAUCAGAAUUGCAGUAGAAGUAGCGGGUGCACUUGCUUAUCUCCAUUCAGCUGCUGCGAUACCUAUAUUCCACAGAGAUGUGAAAUCUUCCAACAUACUUCUAGAUGGCAGCUUCACUACAAAGGUUUCCGACUUUGGUGCUUCAAGAUUUUUAUCACUUGAUCAGACUCAUGUGGUGACAAACGUACAAGGCACAUUUGGUUACUUAGACCCAGAGUAUUAUCAUACCGGUCAACUGACAGAGAAGAGUGAUGUUUUUAGUUUUGGAGUUAUACUCGUGGAACUUCUGAUAAGAAAGAAGCCGGUCUUUACUAAUGACCUAGGAACAAAACAAAGCCUAUCUAGCUACUUUGUGGAAGCACUUCAGCAGGGAGUUCUCACUGAAAUCAUGGAUCCGCAAGUCAUGGAAGAAGCAGGCCAGGAGGAAAUUGAUGGUGUUGCCUCAAUUGCAGAAGCAUGCUUGAAAGCCAAAGGAGGAGAAAGACCUACCAUGAAAGAGGUAGAUAUGAGGUUGCAAUUCGUUAGAUCUAGAAGAUUAAAAAUGAGGCAGCUUCUCCCAAGAAAGGAUGGAGAGACUGAGCCUUUUCUAUGCCCAAUUACCAGUAGCCCUGUUGCACAGCGGAAUUUUGUAAACAAUGUUGAUUUAAGAUCAGGAUGCAUCUCUACAAAGUACAGUUUGGAGCAAGAAUUUCUGGAUUCGGCCAGUUUUCCACGGUAACAACAUAUGCAAGGUCACGAUGGUCUACUUGCAAGGAUCCAUCUUAGUUACCUUAUAUAUUCUAUGGAGGAAUAUGUUAUGUAAUUCCGUUUACAUGAGAGGAUCUUAUGUUGUUGCACUUCCCGUAUAUUUCUGUAGUAUAUUUGCAGAGCAUUCACUUGUAUGCUUUUAUUGCCUAUGAUCACUAUGAACCUGCUGAGUUACAUCGUUGCAGCUAAUUAAGCUAUAGUGUUGAAAAGGGUAAUCUACAGCAUUAUGAACAUCUUCAGUCAUAA